AUGAGCAGUCGCCUCCGCGUGACGCCCACGGCCGACAAGGAGGAGACCUCCAGCAUCUCCAGCACGUCCGACAGCCCCGCCUUUGCCCGCCGUCUGGGGCCGGAGAUGCUGCCGCUCAUGCUCACCGCCGGCCAGAGCUCCGCGGACCAGACGCCGCAGCUCUCGGGCCGGGCGGUCGCCGUCGGGCUCGCCGUCGGCACCGUGCUCUGCUUCACCAACAUGUACUUUGGGCUGCAGACGGGCUGGGUGACGAUGGGCUCCAUCCAGUCGGCAGUCGUCGGCUUUGCCGUCUUCCGCUUCUGCUGGCCGCGCGGGGGGACGCCGUUCGGGCCGCACGAGAACGUGGUCGUCCAGUCGAUUGCGGUCGCCACCGCCACGAUGCCCCUGGCGGGCGGCUUCGUCGGCAUCGUGCCCGCCCUGCAGAUGCUGAGCCCGCCCGUGCGGCUCUCCGUGGCGCAGCAGCUCGCCUGGUGCGGCGGGCUGACCUACUUUGGCAUCUUCUUCGCGGUGCCGCUGCGGAGGCAGACGAUCCUGGUGGAGCAGCUCCGCUUCCCGUCGGGCACGGCCACCGCCAAGCUGAUCGACACGCUGCACACGCGGCACGAGGGCGGCGGGCGGUCCUUCGGCGCCUCGUACUGCCUCUCGCUGCUCGCGUACUUUGCGCCCGCCUUCGCCAACCUGCGCCCCUUUGACUGGCUCUGCCUGCCCGCCGCCUCAGCGUGGCACUGGACGGUCCGCCCCUCCCUCUCGUACGUCGGCCAAGGGAUGAUCAUGGGGCAGAGGUCCGCGCUCUCGAUGCUCGCGGGCGCGCUCACCGCGUGGGCCGUGCUCGGACCGAUGGCUGUCUCUCGAGGCUGGGUCGCGGCCACCGCCCGGCCCGCCGGAAUGCCUCCCGCCGCCGCCGAGGCCGCGGAGGGCGGAUGCGCCGCGCCGCCGCUGCCGGAAGGGGCGAUCAACUCGUGGGAGGUUGGGGCGCAGGGGUGGCUGCUCUGGGUCGCGAUGGGGCUGAUGGUGUCGGAGGCGCUCUCGUCGCUCGCCGUCCUGACGGCGAGACAGUUCCUGAUGCUGCCCCCGCCCUCCGCCUCGGCCGCCCAGUCCGGCGCGCCCGGAGGCGGCGAAGGCGAAGCCGAAGAGGGCGGAGGCGGAGGCGGAGGAGGCGGAGGAGGAGGCGGCGGCGGCGGGGCGGCGGCCGAGGACGGCGGCGGCGAUCCGCUCGAGGUUGCUCCUCCCUCGCAGCUCGUCCCCGCCCGCUGGUGGCUGGGCGGGCUGGGCGCGUCGGCGCUGCUCUGCGUCGCGAUCGUGGCACCGCUCUUUUCGAUCCCCGCGUGGCAGCUCCUCGUCUCGAUCUGCCUCUCCUGCCUCCUCGCCGUGCUCGGCGUGCGCGCGCUCGGCCAGACCGACCUCGAGCCGGUGAGCGCCCUCGGCAAGCUCUCGCAGAUUGCGUUUGCCGUCCUCGCCCCGGGCCACCUCGUGACGAACCUGGUCGCCGGCGCCAUCGCCGAGGCGGGCGCGAUGCAGGCGGGCGACCUGAUGCAGGACCUCAAGGCAGGACACCUGCUCGGCGCCUCCCCGCGCGCGCAGUUCUACGCGCAGCUGAUUGGCUCCUCCGCCUCGGUGCUCGUCACCGUCGCCGCCUUCAACAUGUACACGAGCGCCUACGGCUGCGCCGGCGAGGCGGGGUGGGAGUGCGAGCAGUUCCAGGCGCCCGUGGCGCACGUAUGGAAGGACAUGGCCGUGCUGAUGCAGCAGGGCGUCGCGGCGCUGCCGCCGAGCGCCCUCGCCUUCGCAAAGGCCUUUGCUCUCCUCGGCGUCGCGCUGCCGCUCGCCGAGGCGGCGGCGGGCGAGUCGGCCCUCGGCAGGCUGCUGCCCUCGGGCAUCGCUUUUGGGAUUGGCAUGUACGUCAAGCCCGACUGGACCCUGCCGCGCGUGGCUGGCUCGGUGCUCGAGUGGGCGUGGCGGCGGCGCUCGCCGCGUUCGCACGAGCGGCACAUGCUCAUGGCCGCGUCCGGCUUCGUGCUCGGCGAGGGCAUCGCGUCGAUGGUCACCCUCGCCCUCAAGUCCUUGCGCGGGCGCGACCGCGGCCGCCGGCCGCCCCCGCCGCGAGGCGCGGUGGGCCAGACGGCCGCUCCGGCUCGCCGCAAGCGCGCCGCGGGCGGCAGCGGCGCGGGCGGCGCCCCCGCUGCGAAGCGGUUGCCGGCGGAGGCAGCGAUGGGAAACGUGCAGUGGUGGAUCGACAUGUACGCGCGCACCCGCACUUGGAUCCUGGCCAAGGACGCGCGCGGCGUCGAGUUUUGCCUGGGCCACGUGCGCCAGUUUCAUGGCACCGACGCGACCGCCGUGCCGGCGGACGACCCCAACGGCGGCCUUGCGGGCACGGACGUGCAGGGCGUCGCGCUGCGCGCGGCGGGCGUCCCGCGCGGCGUGGUGCCCAACAGCAUCACGCUCGGCCCGCCCGGCAACGGCCACACUAACACCGUCGCGACGUCGUGGACGGCGGGCGACUCGUACCGCAUGCUCAUCCAGUGA